GGGUUCGCCCCGCCGCGUGGCACUCUCCCUCCUCCCCUGACUGUUGUGACUGCACCUGCUGCGUGUGACCGGCAGGCACUGAAGACAGCCUCAGCUACAGUCUUGGUGACGAGGCAGCCGCAGCCCUGCCAGCUCCCGCCCAGCUCUCAUUGAGAAAAGGGGAGCCGGCCGGAGCAGGAGGAGGGGGAGGAGAAGCUCCCUGCAGAGCGGCUCCUGCCCGGAUCGAGAAGCCUCCUGGAAUGGGCAUUCGACUGUUCUGACGUGGCGAUUCCCUCGGGAGCCCCGGGAGUUUGAAGACACACGGGAAAAGGGAGAAACCGCAGAGAGCGUCAAAGGAUGAGGGGUGCUGUAAAAGGAGCAGGGGAGUCCUGUGAAAAGAAUCCAUCAUGCACUGAAAGGCUUUCUGGAGAAGGUGCCCUGAUUUGCCUCCCCUAUUGCUCAGAUCAAAGGAGCCCGCAAGGACAGUCCUGAAGGAUUCCUCAAGGGCCUUUUUGUCAUUGUUCCUCAGUCCCCUUGCACACGGCUAUUUGCUGACCUUUCCAGAGGAAUCUCAGUCCCCCAGUUCCAGCUGAGAAGACAGUUCUUAAAAAAAAAAAAAAAAAAAAAAAAAAUUCCUGCUGUUUGAACGGGAGGUGCAGCUUGCUGGCUGUGGUGCUUUUUGCUGUGACAUUUUGGAAUGUCUGCAGAAACUUAAAACAAAGAGAAAAACAACGUUAAAAACUCCCUGGAUUAGGCAAGAGCAAAGGAAGUUUUUGCCAAAAAGAAGUAAAUGAGAGGUGGUGGUAACUUAUCCCUGAUCCAGGACCUGGAUGAUCAAAACCUUCGGGUUCUAGGAAGCAGCACUUCAAACCUAACAAAUAAACAAACAUGAGACGGAGUGGCUGUGGGGUCUCGCGCAGAAGCGGGUCGUAAAGGCAGCCUGAAACUGGUCAGAACUUCGGGCCUGUAUGAUGCCUGAAGAUCGAAACACUGGGGGACGCCCCUCAGGUGCCUUAGCGUCAACGCCUUUCAUUCCUAAAACUACAUACAGAAGAAUCAAACGGUGUUUUAGUUUUCGGAAAGGCAUCUUUGGACAGAAACUGGAAGAUACUGUCCGUUAUGAGAAGAGAUAUGGGAACCGUCUGGCUCCAAUGCUGGUGGAGCAGUGUGUAGACUUUAUCCGACAAAGGGGGCUGAAAGAAGAGGGUCUCUUUCGACUGCCAGGCCAGGCUAAUCUUGUUAAAGAGCUCCAGGAUGCCUUUGACUGUGGAGAGAAGCCAUCAUUUGACAGCAACACAGAUGUACACACAGUGGCAUCACUUCUUAAGCUGUAUCUCCGAGAACUUCCAGAACCAGUUAUUCCUUAUGCAAAGUAUGAAGAUUUUUUGUCAUGUGCCAAACUGCUCAGCAAAGAGGAGGAAGCAGGAGUUAAGGAAUUAGCGAAGCAGGUGAAGAGUUUGCCAGCGGUCAAUUACAACCUCCUCAAGUAUAUUUGCAGGUUCUUGGAUGAAGUACAAUCCUAUUCGGGAGUUAACAAAAUGAGUGUGCAGAACCUGGCCACUGUCUUUGGCCCUAAUAUUCUGCGCCCCAAAGUGGAAGAUCCUUUGACCAUCAUGGAGGGCACAGUGGUGGUCCAGCAGUUGAUGUCAAUGAUGAUUAGCAAACAUGAUCGCCUCUUCCCCAAAGAUGCAGAACUGCAAACCAAGCCCCAAGACGGAGUGAGCAACAACAACAAUGAAAUUCAGAAGAAAGCCACCAUGGGUCAGCUACAAAACAAGGAGAACAAUAAUACCAAGGACAGUCCUGGUAGGCGGUGCUCUUGGGACAAGUCCGAGUCUCCCCAGAGAAGCAGCAUGGAUAAUGGAUCCCCUACAGCUCUACCAGGCAGCAAAACCAACAGCCCAAGAAACAGUGUUCACAAACUGGAUGUCUCUAGGAGCCCUCCUCUCAUGGUCAAGAAGAAUCCCGCCUUCAAUAAGGGCAGUGGAAUAGUCACCAAUGGGUCCUUCAGCAGCAGCAAUGCAGAGGGUCUUGAGAAAACCCAAACCACUCCCAAUGGGAGCUUACAGGCCAGAAGGACCUCUUCACUGAAGAGUUCUGGUACCAAAAUGGGCACCCACAGCGUGCAGAAUGGAACGGUGCGAAUGGGCAUUUUGAGCACCGACACACUUGGGAACCCCAUGAACGGUCGCAGCAUGAGCUGGCUGCCCAAUGGCUAUGUGACCCUGAGGGACAACAAGCAGAAAGAGCAAGCAGGAGAGUCAGGCCAGCACAACAGGCUCUCCACCUAUGAUAAUGUCCAUCAACAGUUCUCCAUGAUGAACUUUGAUGACAAACAGAGUGUCGACAGCGCCACCUGGUCCACUUCCUCCUGUGAAAUCUCUCUCCCUGAGAACUCCAACUCCUGUCGCUCCUCCACCACCACCUGCCCAGAACAAGACUUUUAUGGUGGGAAUUUUGAGGACCCUGUUUUGGAUGGGCCCCCACAAGAUGACCUUUCCCACCCUGGGGACUAUGAAAACAAAAGUGACCGGAGAAGUGUGGGCGGUCGAAGUAGUCGUGCCACCAGCAGCAGCGACAACAGUGAGACAUUUGUGGGCAACAACAGCAGCAACCACAGUGCACUGCACAGUUUAGUUUCCAGCCUGAAACAGGAAAUGACCAAACAGAAGAUAGAGUAUGAGUCCAGGAUAAAGAGCUUAGAACAGCGAAACUUGACCUUGGAAACAGAAAUGAUGAGCCUCCACGAUGAACUGGAUCAAGAAAGGAAAAAGUUCACAAUGAUAGAAAUCAAAAUGCGAAAUGCCGAGCGAGCAAAAGAAGAUGCCGAGAAAAGAAAUGACAUGCUCCAGAAAGAAAUGGAGCAGUUUUUUUCCACGUUUGGAGAGCUGACAGUGGAACCCAGGAGAAGCGAGAGAGGAAACACGAUAUGGAUCCAGUGAGCCCGCUUUCUCCCGCUGUCUCCAAUGGAUCUGGGAAGGACUGGGGGGGUUCCAGUGGGAAUAUUCUGUGGGAUCAGGUGGCUGGUCACCUGGCUGUACAGUGCUCUAACUGGUGAAGGAAUCUCAUUUACAGACAUUAACCAUCUAUAUCCGCAAUGUGUACCAAAGUUAUAUCAUGCCCCAUAAUGCUACUGUCAAGUGUUACAACUGGAUAUGUGUAUAUAGAGUAGUUUUUAAAAAGUAAACUAAAAAUGAGAAGCAUAUCUCAAGAAUUAUUUUAUUGCAAGUCUUGUAUUUAAAAUGUUAAAUCAAUAUGUUGUUGCAAUUUAGCUUGCUUUCAAGCUUCACCCCUUGCACUUAACAUAAGCUAUUUUUGGCAUUGUGUUAUCAUCAGCUUAUUUUAUAGAUCAAUAUUUUUAUUUCCCUUUUUGCUGAGGAAAUGAAGAUAAGCAGAUAUAUGAAUAUAAAUAUAUAUAUAAGAUGAGUUAUUAAAAUCAAAAGAAUACUUUGUGGCCGUGCUGUUUGUGCCAAUAGACCUUGCCAUGACCAAAAAGAGAAAUGUAAAUAAUUUUAUAAAAUACAUUGAAUCACCAGGAACCUUUGAACUGCUCUUUAAAUUCUUCCCUUGACACUGCUCGUUUUCUUUGUGAGGUGACUGGACAUAGGAAGUCUUGGACUGUGUGAAAAAAAAGUCCCCUUCUCAAGCCCCCUUGGCUGCCUUGCCUGUUCCACAGAUGUGUGUCUGCUAUGCAAGAAGCAUGUUAGAGGGGAGAAAAUGAUAAAGAAAAGCAUUUAACCAGUCAUGCCUUGAAUUACUCUGACCUUCUGGCCCGUCUCUGUAACUGCUGGCUGGUUAUGGGAGAAAGUCUCCCUGCCAUUUGCAAGUUGGGAAACAAUGCUUGCUAACCCAUGCCCACACGAGCACCUGUCAUUCCCUCAAACCUCUGUCCCCCCUCCCCCGACAAUUGCACUCUGGAACGCCAGCCAUGAAACAGCAUUACUGUGUCCCUCUCAGUUAAACUGCUAGAGUGUGUGCCAUAGAGUGACAGUUUUCUCUCACUCAGGCUGCCUGUUCCCUUGUCCUCUGGGAUGCUGUCUGCACGACAGCAGGCGAGGGCAGUUUGCAACAAGAGCGAGGGGAUGGACGGGCAGGGGACCAGAAGAAGGAGACAAGUUUGGAAGAAACACACUCAACUAUCUUGCUUCUAAUUUCUACAGUAUUUUUCUUCCCUGUUGAAAACAUUCGUUCACAAUAAAUUCUAAAACGUGAAUGCUUAAAGGUUCGAUUUUGACAAAUUUGUGAACACCAGUCAUGCAAACUUGCUAGAGGUGCCCAGGGCUCUCUGGAGCUACAGUCUGGGGAGAACAGUUCUUCACACUUCAGUAAGGCAAUGAUUUUGACAAGCCAGAAAAUAAAUCUUUCUCACACUAGAACAAAAAGUCACAAAAGGCAUAAUUGGAAAUAAAGACUACUUGAGUUUACAGGC